CAAAACUCAUGAAACAGCUUUUUUUCCUCUUAAGACAUUCUCAACGACUAUAGCUAGAUAUAGGUUCAGAGUUAAAACCUGAUCAGAGAGAAAGAUACUGAAUGUUCCAUAAACGAUUCCAUCUUUGAACAGAGAGGGAGAGAGACAUGCCUUCAAGACCAAAUCCAACCCGACCAAAGCUAUUCAUCAACAGAACAAAAACUCUCUUCUUGAUUCUCACAAUCUCAUCCUCUCUUGUAAUCUUCUUCGCAAUCCUCUACUUCAUCUACCACCUCUGGACAUCUCUUCUCAACCGCUCUAGAACCAUCCCUUUCGACGUUGCUGCGUCGCCACUAAAGCUCCAGCUCUUCUCUUACAAGGAGCUCAAGCUAGCGACAAACGAUUUCGACGAAUCCAAUGUGAUUGGUAAAGGCGGCUCUGGUACUGUGUUCAGAGGCAUUACUAGAGACGGCAAGCUUUUCGCGGUUAAGAGACUCGACAGCCUCUCUCUUCAAACAGAGACCGAGUUUCAGAACGAGUUACAGAUUCUUGGCGGGUUAAAGUCGUCUUUUUUAGUUACCCUUUUAGGAUAUUGCGUCGAGAAGAAUCACAGGUUCUUGAUUUACGAGUAUAUGCCAAACAAGAGCCUUCAAGAGCUUCUGUUCAACGAGGAUGGAGACUCUUGCUUGAAUUGGGAAAUGAGAUUUAGUAUCAUCCUCGAUGUUGCGAAAGCUCUCGACUUUAUGCAUUUCGGAUGUGACCCGCCAGUGAUUCAUGGAGACAUCAAGCCUAGUAAUGUUCUUCUUGAUUCUGAGUUCAGGGCAAAGAUUUCGGAUUUUGGCUUGUCUAGGGUUAAAGUGGAAGGAGGUUACGGUGUUGAUCUGUUCAGCCAAGAUUUGGGGAAAAGUCAAGAACUGUCGGCAACGUUCGGAGGAGAGAGCACUCCUCAGACCGCUGUUGGCACUCCAACGCAUCAUGAGGUUGACUUUGCUCUUGCUCUACAAGCUUCUUCGUCUUCCAAGAACAGUAGAACGAGCCGUAACAUUAAAGGAAUGAAUCUGAAUCCGAUGAGUUUAGCAAUGGAAGGUGAGACAAAAGGAAAAGAGGUUUCAAACGAUGGGGAUGAUUCUAAAGUGAACCAUGUUGUGUUGUCAUGUGAGGAGGAUCAUCAUGAGUUUGAUCAGAGCAAGGAGAUGAAUUUGAGUCCCAAUUCGGUUCUUGAUUUAGGGAAAGGAUCUAAGCAAUGGGGGAGAGAUUGGUGGUGGAAGCAAGAAGGGAGUGGUGAACUCUGUAGUAAAGAUUAUGUUAGAGAAUGGAUAGGGAGUCAGAUUGACACGGUGAAUCCUGAUUGGGAUGAUGAGAAGAAGAUCAUCAGUAGUACCCCUGAGCUGGGAGUUUCAACUAGGACGAUCGAUAAAGAUGAGUCUGGUUUGCAUGAGUCUAGGUUUGACACUCUACAAGAGAAGUUUGCGAAAGAAGAAAUCAACGGAAAGACAAAGAAGAAAUUGAAAAAGAAGAAGAAGCAUAGGAAUAUGGAGGAAUGGUGGAAAGAGGAAGAGCAUCAAGAUGAGAGAAACAACAAAAAGAAGAUUAGAAUUCUAAGAAUUAAGUUCAAGAAUCGUUUGAAAGUUCCACAUUUUCGUUACUGUUUCCAUCAAAAAGGUGAAAACAGCGUGGAGGACCGAGAAGGAGAAGCUGGGGGAGAGUUUAGCUUCAGAAAGGGAUGGAGAAGGAAAAGCAAUAGCAGCAGCAAGAAGAAGAAGAACAACAACAAUAGAUCAAUGGGGAGUGAGAUGUGGAGUGGGGAUUUGUUCAGCCGUGAGCUAAGCAGCACGACGAGUAUGAGAGGCACAUUGUGUUACAUAGCGCCAGAGUAUGGAGGCGGUUGCUGUUACUUGAUGGAGAAAGGUGAUAUCUACAGCUUUGGAGUACUGAUUCUAGUGAUAAUCUCUGGUAGGAGGCCUUUACACGUCCUUGCAUCUCCGAUGAAACUUGAAAAGGCGAAUUUGGUGAGCUGGUGUAGGCAAUUAGCUCAGUCAGGGAAUGUUCUUGAGCUGGUCGACGAGAAAUUGAAGGAUGGGUAUAACAAGGAAGAAGCAGGAUUGUGCAUUAACUUGGCUUUGGCUUGUCUGCAGAAAGCACCUGAGUUACGGCCUGAUAUUAGUGAAGUUGUGAAAAUCUUGAGAGGGGAAAUGGACAUUUCGUCGAUUGCAUUCGAGUUCUCUCCAUCACCUCCGGCAAAAUUUUAUGGCAGUAGAUCGAAACGGAGAGGUUAAAACAGGCCAAUGCAGAGUAGUGGUUUGAGGUUUGAUCUGAUCUUUUUCAUUUUCGAAAUUGUUGGAUGUAACUUUUAGAGUUUUAGCUUUUGAGAAUUGUAUUAUGUUGUAAUGUUUGUAAACUAUAUAUGAACGAGAUGCAGAUUCCAUCAAAACCCAGAAGAAUAGAUACUAUUAUAGUUCAACUUUAA